CUGGCUUCUCUUCAACCUUUGAUAAUCUAGUGAUUUAAGGGGAAACAGAAAGAAAAAAUGAACUCCCAAGCGAAGAAGAAAAAGAAAGGCAGCAUGGAGCUUGACUCGUCUUCACGACUUUUGACAAAUUCAGUAUCAGGGAUGCACAAGGUUGUUAUGAGUUCAAGACACAAAUGGAGUCUCACAAGUUCAUACACCCGAAAAGGAUCCAUCCUGGCCGGUCCAAGAGGCAGCAAGCUGAGUGUCCUGGAUGAUGGGGAGGAAGCUCCUGAACCUGUCAAGGUCUUGGAUGAUGAUGGAAAUGAUGUUACUCCUCAGCCCCUGUAUCAAGACAACCAAGGGGAGAGGAUUAAACAAGUGAAAACCUUCUUGGAUGAACUCUGCUUUUCCUCCUUUAAUCUGCCCACUGCCAGCCCAUCCUCAAGCAUGAGAGCAUCAAUGACUAAGGAGAGUGAAGAUAGUGUACCAGAGGUACCACCACUGCCUCCAGCUCGAUUGGAAAAAAGAGGCAGUGAUGAGGAAGAGGUGACAGAGGAGAUGCUGGAUGAGAUGGUGGAUAUAUAUAUUACAGAGACAGAUACCAUUGUCCUUCUGGAUAUACCUCCCACCUAUGUAUCAGAGGAUGCUGAGGAAGCAGAAGCUAUUAAAGAACAAAACAUCAGAUAUGCCGAGCUUUGCAAGAACAGAUUGGGCAAUGAUAGGUAUGUGGACCGAUCAACACAGACAUUCAGCGGAGCUGCAAAAAAUAAACAGACCCAGACUGAUGAGAUUGCCAAAGUGGAUGUAGGUACGAUCGCAACUGCCUGGGACAUCUAUGACUCUUCCUGUGAAAAAGAAAAAACACCUGAGAAAACACCUGAAGCUGAUGAGGCUGAGAGGAAAGAUGAAAAGAGCAGCUGCUGCAGCACAGUCAUGACAGGCAGUACCACUAGCUCACAAUUCGAGAAGGAAUCAUGCAGGAGCAGUUUAGACCCAGACCUUGAGCUACAAAAGCUUGCACAAUCAGAGCUGUUCCAAAACAACUUAAUGGUGAUGGAGAGGACUGUUAUGAUGAAAAAGUUCCUACCCAAACUGGCUGCUUAUAGACAGAUAACCUUACUAGAAGAUCCUGACAGCCAGGUGGAGCCUGAGCCUGAAAAAGAGAUGGAUGAAAGAGAGAGCUCUUCAUCUCCAACUCUGGAGCUUCUCUGGUCUUUCAGCUGUGAGCUCACUAGAGGGCGCAACAUUACAUGCAUGGUCCUGAACAAGGAGAACCCGGAUCUCCUGGCUGUGGGCUAUGGAGACUGUCUGUCCUUUGAGCAGAAACCAGGUUUGAUCUGCUGUUGGUCCAUUAAAAACCCAAUAUGGCCGGAGCGAAUCUAUCACUGUCAGAGUAGUGUGUUGUCCAUGGAUUUCUCAGCAAAGUUCUCCGCUCAGCUGGCUGUGGGGAUGCGUGACGGCACUAUGGCCAUUUACAAUGUCAGGAGUGGUGACCCCAAUACGUAUAUCGCCAGCAGUAGUGGGUCUUCCGAGAGGCAGUACCACCCAGUGUGGCAGGUCAGAUUUGUCAAACAAGAGCUGAGUCAGUUCGAGGAGGAUGAUGACGAAAAUGUAAUCUCUGUGUCUGAGGAUGGCAGGGUUUCCGAGUGGUUUCUACGCAAAAAUACUCUUGACUGCAGAGACCUGAAGAAAUCCAUGAGCACUGACGGUUUGCCAACUCGUAGCCUGAGCAUUGACUUCCAUCCAACAAAUUCAAGAAUUUAUCUUAUCAGCACGCAUGGGGGCAACAUCCACAAGUGCUCUGUCUAUGACAGUCAGCAAACUCUUGCCACUUACAAAAAACAUGACUUCUCUGUGAAUCACAUUGAAUGGUCUCCAUUUUGCCCUGAUGUGUUCCUGAGCUGCUCCUCUGACUGGAGCAUCCAGCUGUGGAGACAGGACCUCUCCACCCCUGUGCUGAGCUUCACAUCCACUUUACAUCCUGUGGAUCUUGUAAGAUGGUCUCCACUUUGGUCCACAGUAUUUGCAGCCAUUAAGAGAGAGAAGUUGGAGAUCUGGGACCUGAAUUCAGACCUACUUAAUCCAACUCUUGUGCAUGAAGCUGCGCCUGGUGUGAUGUUUACAUCCUUGCUGUUUGCCAGAAAAACAAACUGUAUUUUCAUUGGGGACAGUGAUGGGCAGGUGUCUGUGUACCAGAUGAAGAACCUCCAUGUGGGAGAAGGCAAGCAGGUUGACAGCUUGGAGAAUAUAAUCCACUCUGUUAGCGGACUCCAUUGAGCAGAAAGCUUCCAUCUAAGGUUUGGACAAGCUUCAUGGUUUUAAUCGUUCAUGGUCUUUUGAUUGUAGUUGAC